AUUUACAUCCCCGAUCCCAGCUCGUCGCCCUUUUCUCAAUUUGCCGAGCCUUAACGCCGUCAUAAUUUUCCAUUAAAUACCAUCUCCGAUUCCGGAAAUCCCCAAAGCAGACGGCGGCGGAUCGAUCUUCUCUUCCAUUAAAGCCGUAGUCCGAUAUCUCAAAUUCUCUCUUCCAAUCUCUUAAGCAGACUCGUCUUCUCAAGCAAGAAUGCCUACUGUAAGUGUGAAAUGGCAAAAAGAAACUUUUCCUGCGGUUGAAAUAGCCAAUCAGCCUCCUUGUUUUAAGUGUCAGUUGUAUGACCUAAGUGUACCUCCUGAAAGGCAAAGAAUCAUGGUGAAAGGUGGUCUUCUGAAGGAUGAUGCAGACUGGUCUACUUUAGGUGUAAAGGAGGGACAAAGGUUGAUGUUGAUGGGUACAGCUGAUGAAGCUGUUAAAGCUCCAGAAAGUCCUGUGUUUAUGGAAGAUCUUCCAGAAGAAGAACAAAUAGUUAAUGUGGGUCAAAGUGCUGGCAUUUUUAACCUGGGAAACACCUGCUACUUGAACUCUACUCUGCAAUGCCUCCAUUCAGUUCCUGAGUUGAAAGCAGCAUUAGAGAACUACACAAACUUUGGAAGAAGCAAUGAUUUGGAUCAGUUCUCACAUCUUCUAACUGUUGCAACUCGUGAUCUUUUUAGUGAACUUGAUAGAAAUGUCAGACCAGUUGCACCAUUGCAGUUUUUGUCGAUAUUAAGGAAGAAGUAUCCGCAAUUUGCACAGCAGCACAAUGGUGCCUAUAUGCAGCAGGAUGCUGAAGAAUGUUGGACCCAGUUGAUGUAUACACUCUCUCAAUCUCUCAAAUCAUCAGAUUCAAGUGAAAUAUCUUCUGCUGUGAAGACUCUUUUUGGGAUUGAUCUUGUUAGCAGGAUUGUUUGUAUUGAAAGUGGAGAAGAAAGUUCUGAAACAGAAUCUGUAUAUGCAUUGAAAUGCCACAUCUCACAAGAAGUCAAUCACUUACAUGAAGGGCUCAAGUGUGGACUCAAAUCUGAGUUAGAGAAGGCUUCCCCUGUACUGGGGCGCAGUGCCAUUUUUACCAAAGAAUCUUGUAUCAGUGAUUUGCCGAGGUAUUUAACUGUACAAUUUGUUCGUUUCUUCUGGAAAAGAGAAACAAACCAGAAGGCAAAGAUCUUGCGGAAAGUAGAUUAUCCAUUAGAAUUGGAUGUGUACGAUCUCUGUUCCGAGGAGCUUCGUCAAAAACUGCAACCUCCACGCCAGAUUCUAAGAGAAGCAGAAAAUGCGAAGCUUGGAUUGAAAGUGCAAGAGAAAAGUACUCAUGAAAAUGAUGCCAAAACACGUAAUCCUGAGGUUUGGCAACUUUCAUGAUUUUAACUUAUUUUCU